AUGGCGAGGCACCCACAGUGUAAUUACUUUAAGUUCUUCCCUGAGCUGCUGCGAUACCCCGAUAUUCUUGCCACUAUACCCUCCUCCAGCAAGUCGCCGACAAUUCCAAUUGCACCACCGAAUAUGCUGCCAUCAUCCUUUUCUGGCCUGCCAAUGCAGUUCCCCCCUUGGAUGCAGCCGGCACCCUUGUCUUUUGUCCCUCCUUCAAAUGGGAAGCGGUUGCGCAGGAAGGGCUCACCAUGUGAGGGUCCCUUCUGCCACAAGCCUCGGGCACUGCGUUGUACACGUCACAUGUGCCUAAAGCACUGUGAGGGUGAGGGUGGAUGUGUGAUUCAUGCUAAAGGUAGCAAGGACGUGGAUUGGAUGGACCAUGACUAUGACUUCGAGUUUGCACAGGCUGACCCACUGGACUACAUACUCGACAAUGAGGGGGAUGGGCUUGAAGAGCUCCAACAGGCCCUCCAGACAUCUAUGGCCACCCAACCGGGUGCCCCCCUAUAUGUACCUUCAAUUCAUGAGCUAAUGGGGCCUGUACUCAUGUGCAACAUUGCGAGAAGUGUCUAA